AUGUCUAGUAUUCCAACAAAAAAACAACCGUUCAAAGUAUCUGAUUUAAAUUUAGCUGAAUGGGGUCGAAAAGAAAUCACAUUAGCCGAAUAUGAAAUGCCCGGUUUAAUGCAAUUACGCCGUAUUUAUGGUCCAACACAACCAUUAAAAGGUGCACGCAUUGCUGGUUGUCUUCAUAUGACUGUUCAAACAGCCGUACUCAUUGAAACAUUAAUUGCAUUAGGAGCUGAAGUUCAAUGGAGUAGUUGUAAUAUUUUUUCAACACAAGAUCAUGCUGCAGCUGCUAUUGCUAAAACUGGUAUACCUGUUUAUGCUUGGAAAGGUGAAACUGAUGAAGAAUAUAUUUGGUGUAUUGAACAAACUAUUUAUUUUGGUGAUGAUAAUAAACCAUUAAAUAUGAUUUUGGAUGAUGGUGGAGAUUUAACUGGUAUUGUUCAUGAUAGAUAUCCGGAAUUAACAUCUGGUAUUUAUGGUAUAAGUGAAGAAACAACAACAGGUGUACAUGCACUUUAUAAAAUGCUUAAACAAGAAAAACUUAAAAUGCCAGCUAUUAAUGUUAAUGAUUCAGUAACAAAAUCAAAAUUUGAUAAUUUAUAUGGUUGUCGUGAAUCACUUAUUGAUGGAAUCAAACGUGCAACUGAUAUAAUGAUUGCUGGUAAAGUAGCCGUUGUUGCUGGUUAUGGUGACGUUGGUAAAGGUAGUGCACGAGCUUUACGAAAUUUUGGUGCUCGUGUUCUUAUUACAGAAAUUGAUCCAAUUAAUGCUUUACAAGCAGCUAUGGAAGGUAAAAGUUUUUUUCACAAACAACGAGUAAAAUGAUUUUUUUUUUGUUUCAUCGAUUCUAAGCUACAAAUAUGGUGUUGUUCUUUUUUGAGACUAAAUUUAUUUAUAUAAUUGAAAUUUUGAGGAUAUAUGAUUCAAUUCAUCGAUUAGGCACCUUCGUUCGGCGAUAAGACGGAAUCAUAGAUGAUGUCGAAAAACUUUAAUAUAUAAAAAGUUUUCUUUUUUUAUUGUGUACUCAAAAAGUGAGUACACUAUAGAAUAGUCAGUGUGUCCGUCCGUCCGAUUGGCUGUUUACAUAAUAACUUUUGACAACAGAGUCAGAUUGUCAUGAAACUUUCUACACAGCUUAGUCUUGACAAUAUCUCGGUCGAUCUCGAAGAUGAGAAAGACCGGUCGAGCCGUUCCUGAGUUAUUGCAAAAAUACCCAUUUUUCUCUAUAGCUUUCUGUGGAAAAAUGGACCAAUCGCGACUUUCGUAAAAGACUUUUCCUAUCAUAGUCAAUUAAAACCCCAACUAUUAUAUACCAUUCGAUAGAAAAUUUCAAGUACUACUAAAUGAUAUAUAAAACAUAAAGAAUCAAGAACGUU